AUGAACCCUCAAAAUGAUUCGUUUGAUAUCAUGGCUGAAGAGCAUAAAGAUAAAUCUAGCCCAGAAGAAAUCCCUGGACUGAAGGUCGAUGAUAUUCAUUUUGGAAUUAUGGGAAAUGAUGAAUAUGUUGCCCCAUUUCCUAAUUCCCCUCUAUAUGUACAGACAAUUUUAUAUUAAUUAUUAUUUUUAUAUAUAUAAUAAUAAUGGCUAUGAUAAAUCUCUAGUAAAUGAUAUUAAAUUUUAGAAAUUUUAAGACACAUUUAAAUAAAUUUAAAAUAAAAAAUAGCCAUCUUGGCUAGCAAAAAAGCCUUGCUAAUCUAUGAGGAAAGUAAGAAAACUCUUUAUUGUUCUAUUGCUUUGUUUAUAGUUGGUAGUGUUUUAGUAAUAGUCGGCUGUGUUGAGCUAUUAGUAGUUGAAGACAAAACAAAUGGUUUGGCGUUAUUAAUUAUAGGUGCAAUUGCAUUUAUCCCCGGGAUGUAUUACUCUUAUAUUUUUUAUAAGCUAUACCGAGCUAAAACACAGUCAGAAAGAAUGAGAAUUCUGCGAGAAAUUCCAGAAAUGUAA